ACACGGUGACAGUAUUGACAAGAAAUCACAAUGUCGAAAAGAUGACAAAAACAUUUCUUAAAAAUCACGCACAAAUUUCAAGUUAGUUUAACGAUUUAUUACAAAUAUACCAACGUGGAAUUAUAACUUUAUUUUAUUUUUAUACAAGAGCGAUAGUAUUAAUGAUAUAUGAGUGAUGUCCAUGUAAUUUAAUUGGCAAAAAUAAUGGCAAGAAAAUCGUUCCGCAUUCAAGUCGAAUUAGAGAUACAAUCUGUAACAUGUCCCGGUGUUUGGCUCUGUCCAAACGGGAAAGUCUCUUUGCAGGUGUACAUGUUGGAUUCAUGUAUUCAAACGGCACCCCUCGCACCGGUUUUUCCCCUGUUCAUCGACGAACGUUUCGUAUUUUACAAAACCUUCGCAAGCAUCAACAAACUUGUUGAUCUUCAAAGAACCUUUAAUAGGGAACAUUUAUAUGCUGAGCUGAUACAAUGGCAAGAUUGCGAGAUGGGAAACGUUUUGUCCACUUUUGAAACGUCUUUAACAGAUUUGCUUUUCCCGUCGUCUUGCGAUGUUGAUUUAUUGAUGGAACCAACACGAAAUUAUCCGGGAAUCAUUUCACCAAAAAUAGAAAUUUGUACAAAAACAACUAUUGACGAAGUUUGUACUAUGGAUAAAUGUAAACCAAACUCGUACGUUGUUAAUCCUAAAACCAUUUCAUCCCAGCAAUGUAGGGACGCAUGUCCGAGACAACAAAAAAAAGUUUGUCACAGUGUCCCAUAUCACAGGCAAAAAGUACUAUGUGGCAAAGAAAAAUCAAGACAAAAUCAACCACAAUUUUUCUCAACUUGUAAGCCCGAUGAUAGCUUAAUAUUACGAAAACCCCAGGGUAUAGGUCCCAGUUGUUCAUGUGAUGGCAAGAAAAAGGCUAGAAAAAAACCACUGAAAAGAUUCCCACAAACAAAAUUAAAAACACCCAUUAGGAGGUCCUGCGCCGAUGAGGAAUUCCUUAAGUGUUUAUCAAGUAUUCCAAACCGAACUCAAUGCGGAUGUGCUGAUGGACAUGAGGAGCCAAGCUGCCGAAUAUGCGAAAGUUACAAAAGACAUUUCGACAAUUUAGCGUCUCCGUGUCCUGCAACUGAGUCAGUGGAUGAACUUAGAGGUAAGAUCACAACCGAGAAUAGAUCCAGGGAGGACGUCCUUUCUAAGUUAAAAAGUGAAAUAGAGCAGGAUAUUGACCAAUUAAUGUGUGCGAGGCCAUGUACCCAAAGGAAUUUUUUUUCGAAUCAAAUGAAAACGAGAUCGGUGGCAAGUAACGAAUUUGGAAAACGCAUGUCAACGCAAUUUUGUUGUAAACCGCGAAGAUGCGUGUGUCCCAAAAAUAUGAGAAAAAAGCUUUCGUCCAAGAGUAUUUGGGAGAGGAAAAACUUUGUUGGAAAGUACAGCCCGAAAUGUAAAAAAGAUUUCAAAAAAGUAAUACCCAGUAUAAAAUCAUGCAAGGCGAAAAAUAAAAGGGAACCUUCUGCGGAAUGUUACAAAAUCCCUCCCUGUUGCACAAAACAAACGUUUUGCGAUCGAAUUUCUCCCCACGGCUCCAUGAUAGAAAACAUGGAGUGUAAUUUGCCACGCUCAAAAAGUUGCCAAAGCAUGUGUUGCGAUUCCCCGCUAAAUUUGGACAUUGAUGAUGACGACGAGUGUAAUGCUUUGAUAUCAAAAUAUUGUCCUCAGAAAGAAUUAUGUCCUAAAGAUAAUAAUAACACGUCAUCUUCCUGGUUUUCUCCCAAAAUUAACCUUACUGCUGACAACGAGAUGCAAUCGCAAUCACUAGGUUUGGAUGUUUGUUUCGGAAAAAAAUCUACUAGUUCAGAACCGCGCUUUUCCUCAUUUUGCGUACAGAAUGUGACCAACAAUGAUACAGAAAAUCCCUUCAAUUUAAAAAACGGAAAGUUUUUCUGUAAUAAAAACCCCACUGAUAUACCAAAUAGAAUGGAACAACUAAACUGUUGCAAAUCUCUUUGCAAAUUCGAUAGCAAAAAGGCGGCUAGAGGUUGUCUUAGCGAUACCUGCAACACUGUGGGUUCUCGAACGCAUCCUUUUCAAAAACAAAUCGAAUCAAGAUCAAAAUCCCCAUGUUUAAAAGCCGAUAGGGAUACAGUUUGGUGUCCAUAUUACGGAACACCCUGUAGCUCAAAUAAAUUUAAAGAUAGGAUUAAAACCUUGACGGAUAUGACCCAGGAUGGAACUUCAAGAUCCAACUGUGCCGUUGCCAAUAAUUGUCCAAUUACGUACUAUGUCAACGAUAGUGACGAUUGUGAUAACGAUAACGCCAGCAGCGAUUCCCUUGAUAAUAAAAGCAUAAGAAAAUAUUUUGAUGAGAGGAAAAAAUUCACGGAUUCUUUGAAUAGAUUCUGUGAUUCGUUGUAUCGUAAAAUUCAGUAUAAUUACGGAAAACUGUGUGAGGAUAAAUGUGAUUGUUGCGAGUAUUGAAGAACAAAAUAAAUACUAUACAUGUCCAUUAACUAGUAAAAUAUAUUUGUUUAUAUAG